AUGGAAGUGGUGGUGCCACCGAGGAGGCAAAAUGGCAUUGGUGGUGGUGGUGGCGCAACAGUGGUGGUGGAGGAGACGCAGAAUAGUGGUGGUGGCGGCUGGGGGUGCAGGCAUGAGAGAAAAGAGGUGGGGCUUCGAUUUUGGAGGGUGGGCAUUAGCAGAUCCUUAUUUAUAUAUUCGUCUCCACCACCUCCAGCAGCAUACGAGUACAAGUCACCGCCACCUCCUUCUCCUUCUCCUCCUCCACCACCUUAUGUGUACAAAUCUCCUCCUCCUCCAUCGCCUUCUUCCCCGCCACCAUAUGUUUAUAAAUUACCUCCACCUCCUUCACCAUCACCACCUCUACCAUAUGUGUAUACGUCGCCUCCACCUCCAUCGCCUUUACCCCCGCCACCUUAUGUGUAUAAAUCACCACCUCUUCCUUCGCCAUCUUCCCCACCACCGUAUGUGUACAAGUCUCCUCCACAUCCAUCACCAUCUCCACCGCCACCUUAUUACAAAUCAUCUCCUCCGCCAUCACCAUCACCGUCUCCACCAUAUUAUUACAUGUCACCACCACCUCUGUCAUCAUCGCCACCUCCACUAUAUUACUAUAAGUCUCUUCCUCCACCACCACCUCCAUAUUACUAUAAGUCGCUGUGCGAGAGGAAUUCCGCAGGGACUGUGGAGCACAGAUGCGGCAGGAUUUCCGCAGGUACGGACUCGCACCGGCGCUUGGAGGGUCGCAGAAGCGAAAGCAGGGGUGAUGAGUCGCCACCUCCACCUUCACCAUCACCUCCACCACCAUAUUAUUACAAAUCUCCGCUACCACCCUCACCAUCACCUCCACCACUAUAUUAUUACAAAUCUCCGCCACCACCCUCACCUUUACCACCUCCACCUUAUUAUUAUAAGUCUCCACUGCCACCUUCUCCUUCACCUCCUCCACCAUACAACUAUAAAUCUCCACCACCUUCUUCACCUUCACCUUCACCUCUGUCACCUUAUUAUUACACGUCUCCGCCUUCUUCAUCACCACCACCACUAUACUGUUAUAAGUCACCACCACCACCUACUAAGUCACCUCCUCCCUCGUACCAUUACAGUUCUCCAGCACUACCAAUGAAGUCUCCUCCUCUGCCAUAUUACUAUUCCUCACCGCCACCACCAAAACAAUCACCUCCCCCACCAUGUCACUACACUUCCCCGCCACCACCAGUUAAAUCACUUCCUCCUCCAUACUACUACAACUCUCUACCACUACCCAAGAAAUCAGCUCCUCUACCGUAUUACUACUGUGCUAUUGUUGAGGUAACUUGUAAGGCUGGUGACAAGAAAAUUGUGAGUUAUGAUACCACUAAGAUCAAUGGAAAAUUCAGCAUCACUGUUAAAGGAUUUGAAUAUCGCAAAUACGGAGCAAAGGCUUGCAAGGCUAAACUCCACAAUGCUCCAAAGGACUCAAAGUGUGACAUUCCUACAAACCUCCAUUGGGGAAUAAAGGGCGCUAACCUCAAAGUGAAGUCAAAGAAUUAUUAUGAAGUUGUACUCUAUGCAAAAUCAUUUGCUUAUGGCUCUAAAACACCUUACGCGAAAUGCACAAAACCCAAGCCUACACCUGCUCCAUACUAUUACAAAUUUCCUCCACCUCCAUUUCCGACAUAUAUUUAUAAGUCACCACCUCCUCCAUCACCGUCAUAUAUUUACAAGUCACUACCUCCCCCAACACCGGCAUACAUUUACAAAUCUUCGCCACCACAAACUAAUAAGUCUCCACAACUUUCAUAUUAUUGCAAAUCUCCACCUCUACCAUCACCAAAACCUGCAUCUGUAUACUAUUAUAAAAUACCACCAUCCCCGUCACCAUUGUCCCCUCCUCUUUACUAUUACAAAUCUCCUCAACCACCGUCAUCUUCUCCUCCUCCAUAG